AUGGCUUCAAUUGACCUUGAAGAAGCUUACCUGUUAGUAAGUAUUCAUCCUAGUCACAGGAAAUUUCUUCGCUUCCAGUGGCGGGGAUCUACUUUUGAAUUUGCAGCACUCCCCUUCGGCCUAGCUACGGCUCCAUUUAUAUUUACCAAGAUCCUUCGGCCAGUUCUAAGGUCGCUACGAGAGAAAGGAUUCGAGAGCGUAGUCUACCUCGACGAUUUCCUGCUAUUUUCGCCUUUUAAACAGGCAUGUUACAAGAACAUCCAAAUGCACGUGGAUACACUAACGGAACUGGGAUUUGUAGUUAAUUUUGAAAAAUCAGAACUAAUUCCAGAUGUUCGUAGGAAAUACCUCGGUCUCAUGUUCGACUCGGUGCGACAAUCGGUGUCCAUUCCAGAAUCCCGGCGUAAAAGUCUUCUUGCGAAGCUUAUCAAUAUGGAGAAAAAACCCUCUUGUACAAUUAGAGAUUUUGCCAGCUUGAUCGGCUCACUAAUAUCUGUGUGCCCGGCGGUGCAGUAUGGCCUCUUGUAUACGAAAACCCUUGAGAGGGAGAAAUUCCACGCCCUGUUACGCUCGAAUUCCGACUUCUCGGCCAAGAUGUGCCUGCCAUCGUCCCUCCGAAGCGAUUUUCUCUGGUGGCAUAGAAUCUUAUCCGAUCCGGAACAAUUGAAUACAAUCCGCUCAGGCCAAUUCACACUCGAAUUAUUUUCAGAUGCCUCUCUAAACGGUUGGGGAGCGGCCAGUGGUAUGCAGCGUUCACAUGGUUGGUGGACGACAGAGGAGAGAGCCCUUCACAUUAACGCCCUGGAACUGAAGGCGGCCUUUAUCGGUUUGAAGUGCUUUGCCGCGGAUCUGAGAGACGCAAACGUCUUACUUCGCAUUGAUAAUACGACGGCGAUCUCAUACAUCAAUCGCUAUGGGUCGGUCAAAUUUCCUCAUCUCACAGCUUUGGCCAAGGAGAUCUGGCAGUGGUGCGAAAGCAGGAAUUUAUUUUUGUUCGCGUCUUACAUUUCCUCGGCGGACAACUUCAUAGCCGACGAAGAAUCUCGACGCACGGAUGUUGAUACAGAAUGGUCUCUGUCUGCCUCCGCUUUCGACGUCAUCCGCCAAAGAUUUGGCCAAUUUGAGAUCGACCUAUUCGCUUCUAUCCUGAACGCGAAGUGUGAACGUUAUUUAUCUUGGUUCCCGGACCCUGGCGCUUGGGCGGUCGAUGCCUUUACCAUCACCUGGAAUUCGGUCUUUUUCUACGCUUUCCCGCCUUUUAUUCUGAUCACUCGAGUCUUGCGGAAAAUCGUAGAUGAAUCUGCAGAGGGAGUUGGAUCAUCACCCGGCCCAUCGAACACUUUCCUUGGCAGCCGGACUCUUAUCAGGAGAUUUUUCGAAACUCGGGGGGUCCCGGACUCCGCCCUAGAUACCUGCUUGGCUUCUCUAGCCCCGUCAACAAUCCAACAAUAUACCAGGCCCCUACGCGACUGGUGGAAUUUCUGCCAGAAUCGCCAGCUCUCGCCUUUUACUCCCACAGCGGGAGUAGCCUUGGAAUUCCUCGCCUUGGCUUUGGAGUCGGCCGGUUCCUAUUCAUCAAUCAACACAACCAGAUCAGCCAUCUCAUUGAUCUCGCCAAAUUCAGUCGGCGAAGACCCUCUUAUUAAACGUUUCUGCAAAGGAGUAAGCGUUAUCAAGCCUCAGCGUCCAAGAUACGAUUACGUCUGGGAUCCCGCUCCCGUAAUCAAGAAAUUAGCCUCGGAAUUUCCUCAUCAGAAUCUCCCCUUGGAUAGGCUUACCAGAAAGCUCGUAAUGCUUCUCGCAUUAAGCACAGGACAGCGCUGCCAAACUCUCGCAGCAAUAAAGAUUUCACAAAUUACUUUUGAAGAAAAUCGGGCACUCAUUCGGAUUCCUGACAAAUUAAAAACUUCCGCGCCGGGAAGGCCUCAGCCGCUUCUGUCCAUACCUAAAUUUGGAAAUCACGAGGAACUUUGCGUCGUAGGCUUACUGUCUAUAUACACCGAGAAGACCAAGGACAUCCGCCCACCUACAUGUGAUUCCCUGCUGAUCGCACUGAAACAACCGCACGAAGCAGUGGGCGCUCCAACAGUCAGCCGUUGGCUUAGAACUACACUGUCCGAAUGCGGAGUAAGCGACGCCUUUUCGGCUCAUAGUACACAACAUGCAGCGACCUCUAAAGCUGCAAACAAGGGAGUUCCACUGGAGCUGAUCAAGAAGGCAGCAGGCUGGUCAGGGGAAUCGCGACCAUUGCGUAUUCUUCCUGCCCGAGUCUUCGGAAGACCCGGAUUGCAAAUCGUCCUCUGA